CCGCUUCUUUGGAAUCAGGCGACACUGCGCGGAAACACUUUCGGUUACAUACACACCAAUUGCAUGGUCAUGCAGUGGUGGAAUCUCAUUACGCCCUCCCUGUGGUACAUGCUCUGAUCCCCGUGUGCGCGCAUAACAAUAUGUGUCUCCAGCAUUGACAUUUCUCAGUUUUCAUUCUUCGCGAAUUGGCCCACUGCCCUAGUUUGGGCCUUCGCUAAGUCAUCUUUUUUCCUCAUGUAUCUCCAUCUCUUCGAACCCCUGAGAUGGCUGCGCCUUGGGGCUUACUUUGGCCUAUUUCUCAACUGGGGUUUCUACACCGCCGUUAUCAUAGCAAGCAUCUACUUCAACGCCCCAAGUCCCGGACAGACAUGGCAAGAAGGAGCGCAGAACGAACGCUACAAAAGAUCUUUCAACAUGACACUGCCUAUCGCUUCCGGAAGCCUCUUUCUGGAUUGUUAUAUUCUCGUUCUGCCUAUAUGGGUUGUCUGGAACCUUCGCCUCAGCUUCCGACGGCGGUUGGGCGUUAUGGCAAUCUUUGCUACUGGCCUUGCUGCAUGCAUUGCGUCAUCCCUCAGCAUCGCGUACAAAUAUAAGCUAAACCACCAUCUUAAUGACUUCACUUACUGGACUUAUCCCGUUCUGCUUCUCGCUUUGGUUGAGAUGUGUGUCGGUAUCUCGUGCAGCUGCAUGCCGUCAGUCGCAGGGUUCUCGAGGUACCUUCACAAGGACGGUGGCGCUUGGGCUCCCUGGGGAACAUCAAUACUUGCACCCCUCCGGAGUCUUUUUACCAGCAGUAAUCGCGAUCAUUCUCAAGAUGGGGGCCGUAGCUGGAAGCAGGAGGGCAGUCGGAUCCACAAGAGCAAUUAUAUCAGUAUUGAGUUAGAGAGUUUGAGCACUCAUGCGCUCACCCAGAACCACGAAAUGACAGAUUUCGGUGGAUACAUGGCAUCACGGGGUUGAAAGGUGCGGCCAAUACUUGUAUUGGAGACAAGGAACGGAUCUUGAACCAGCUGUGGGUUCGCAAUCGCAACACUUUUUCCUAGGCUGUAGUUGACGUGCAAUGGCGAAAGCUUUCAUUUGAUGCACACUACCCUAGGGUAUUGUGCCCUAUGAUCUCACUCAAGUUUGCAAAGUGAUAUCUCUGACUAUUUCUGCUAAGAAAACCAUUUUUCCGGGCCAAUAUAUGAACUUUCACGAGCCUGGUAGGGUACAUUACAUGCUUAGGGUCAAUUGAGGUCCUCAUGGUCCAUUGAAGGCUCUGCAGGAUGCUGGUCUGCGGCGUACGGAACGGGGCGCAAAUCAGCAUUUGGCGGCAAAAUGGGAAGGUCACACUGAAUUUAUGGGAAGGGCUGGCUAACAAUUAAGAACUCGUCACUCAUAGUGUGGGACACGGAGAUAUCCCACAUAUGCGUCGCAAAUUUUGCUCGAGUAACACC